AUGGCGGAAAUGGAGAAGAACAACAACGACGACGAUAAUUCGCUGGAAACUCUAAACGCCACUGCAUUUUCCGAAAACCUUAUAAUCGAUUUGAUUCUUCCAAGGCUUCCGGUUAAAACCCUAGUUCGUUUCAAAUCAGUUUCGAAAUUCUGGUAUUCUGCUAUUUCUUCACCUCAAUUUGCCAAAUUCCAUCUAAAAUUUUCCAUUCAUAAAUUCAUAAUACUUGCUGAUUAUCCCCCUAUACGAUUAUUAUUAUCAUAUGAUGAACACAACAAUUUAAAUGAUUCUGAAAAAUUGGGUUUUUCUCUUGAAUUAUGCUUCACGAAACAAAUUCAUCAAGAAUUACAUCAAAUACUACAGUUUCAACCAGAGAUUACUCCCUCCGGAGUGGUAGAAUUCGUCGGUACUUGCAAUGGUUUGGUGUGUUUGUAUUUCCGAUAUUUUGAUUUAGUAAAAGAUAAAACUCUUGCUUCCUUCGCUGUUUGUAAUCCCGCUUUACACGAACAUAGUGAAAUUCCGAAUCCUGACGGUUCGAGAGAGGAGCUAGUAGCUUUGGCGUAUUGGUUUGGUUAUGUAUCAUCUGUUGAUGACUAUAAGAUUGUAGCAAAGUUUGUAUUGUUUAAUGGUGAUGCGGAGCGUGAGACAUUUGAGUUUCAUGUGUUUUCGUUUAAGAGUUGGGGAUGGAGUAGAAUUUACGAUCUCGAAAGGGUUUGUACGACCUUUGACAGGUUAACCCGAGAGGUGAUGGUGGUGAAUGAUGUUUUGUAUUGGACUCCAUUGCUUACUUCGACUGAUCGGUUGAGGCCUAAACGUAAAAUUGUUGGGUUGAAUUUAGCUUAUGAUCAAGUGAAGGAAUUUUCAUGGAUGGAAUGGUUGUUUGAGUAUAUUAAUGUUGAUUUUUUUGUGAUAAAUGAGUGCUUAACAAUAAUUUGUUCAACAUUGAACCAUUAUGAUAUUUGGAGCUUGAAAGAUCCUAAUAAUUGGGGAUCUUGGGAGAAACUGUUUUGUACUAGUAGUAAUCAACUUGGUUCCAUGAGAAUUGUGAAUGUCACUUGUACUGGAAAGUUUUUGGGGCGGAGCUAUCUUCCUGAACGAUUUAAGAUAAUCGAUCUUAGUAAGAACAUUAAUGUAGAACCUCAAAGAGAAGUUUAUUUUCCUGGUAAUCUAGUGUUACUGGGCACAGGAGAUUAUGUUGAGAGUCUUAUCUCACCUAUUGGAUUAGGCAAGUCUACCAAAAAGGAAGAUCAUGAGGUCUGA